CCUUUUGUUUCUCUGCGUUGCGGGGUGGUUGUAGCUUCGGAUCCUUCACGCUAGAAGUCGUCUUCAUCUUUAGCAGAAAGCCAUAAAGCUUCUGCAGUUAAAGAGACUAGAGAGUCGCUUGGGAGAUAUUUUUCUCGGGAGCAAGGAUCUUAGCUGCCACACGCUAGGGUUUCUAGUUUUGGUAGGUUAUCAGGAAUCUGUAAAGUAGGCGGAUUCUUGGGUUUUAGCUUUUAGUACGGGAAGUGGUGUUACUAGGAUUUUCGGGCACGGAUCGGUGGAUUUAUAAGCUUCGCCGGUGUUGGCAAUUUGCAGCACGAGGUAGAACUUAUGACUAGGGUUUGUUUAUGGUUCUUGGGUUCUGGCAUUUGUUUUUCGGAGUUUCGAAGAUUAGAGGCGGAAUUGAAAGAGUGGGAGAGUUGAUCUAUGGUUUGGUGGGGCUAUGCUUGAGCUGCGUGGUUUAGGUUUGGUUCUUGGAAAAGUGGUGGAAGCCUAAAAGUUUUUGGUUGGGGAGGAUUCCGACAUGGGUUUUGAGUUUUCUGUGGAUGGGAGAGCGUUGACUUUUUGUUCCAGGGUUUGUAGUAGCUUGGGAGUUUGUGCGGCUUCGUGUUCAGUGCAGUGUAGGCAUUCGGGUUCUAUUUAUUGAAGUUUUGUUUUGUUUCUUCAGUUCCGAAGUGAUGGAAUACCCAUUUCAGCCAAGAGAAAACGGAGUUAAUUAUUGGACUUCUUCGUCAGCUCAUAUGGAGGGUUUUCCAUCGGUGGAAGGUGGAACGAGGAAUCCCAUCUCUGAGGACUCAUUUAACGGUCUUUCAGAAUUCAUUAAUUCUGAUACUUAUGUUGAUUUCUGCACCAGUCUCUCAUCUGCAGACCUGGUUCUACCAUCCAAUGGGUUGAGCUCUGUUCCACCAAUUCCAAGUAAUUUUGCUUCUGCAAUUCCAUACAAUUACUCAGCACAAAUAAGUGGUGUCUUACCUGUAAAUAAUGGGGAUCCUCUCGGUACUGUUGGAAGUUCUUCAAGCUGUGCUGACAAAACGGUAUUUCAGCAAAUGGGCACACAAAUUGGGUUUUCUUUGAGUUCUUCUGAUGCUGAUGAUUUGGAUGGUAAACAGAACAAUGGUUAUUUUCCCCAACCAAGCAUUUCGGGUUCAGGAAAUCAUAUAAUAUCUAGGUCGAUUGGGUGGUUACCUGCUGAGCAGAUGCUUAAGGCAUUAUCCUUGUUUAAAGAAUCAUCCGGAGGGGGAAUUCUUGCACAAUUUUGGGUUCCUAUUAAGCAUGGAAAUGACUUUGUUUUGAGCACUUGCGACCAACCCUACCUGCUAGACAAAAUUCUUUCAGGGUAUCGUGAUGCAUCAAGGGCAUUUACUUUCUCCCCAAGAGAAGUACCCGGUUCUUUUCUUGGGCUUCCUGGGCGUGUUUUUAUCUCUAAAAUGCCAGAAUGGACUUCAAAUGUAGUCUAUUAUAACAAGACCGAAUACUUGCGGUUAAAACAUGCAAUUGAUCAUCAAGUCCGUGGAUCUCUUGCUCUACCAGUUUUCAGUCCCCAUCACAGGUCGUGUUUUGCUGUUCUUGAGCUUGUCACUGUGAAAGAAAAACCUAAUUUUGAUGAAGAGAUGGAAACUGCUUGCCGUGCCCUUGAGGCUGUGAACUUGAGGACCACUGCACCGCCUCGAGUUCAUUCACAGUCCCUCUCAAAGAGCCAAAGAGCUGCCUUGGCUGAGAUAGCUGAUAUCCUAAAAGCAGUUUGUCAUGCACAUAGUCUACCACUAGCCUUGACAUGGAUUCCUUGUAGCUACAUUGAUGGGGUUAGUGAUGAAUUUACUAGAGAAUGCAUUGUAGAAGGUAACGCAAGUCCAUCUGAGAAAUGUAUACUGUGUAUUGAAGAUACAGCAUGCUAUGUCAAUGAUGCAAAAAUGCAAGGAUUUGUGCACGCAUGCACCGAACAUCACCUUGAGAAAGGACAGGGAAUUGCUGGCAAAGCUCUUCAAUCAAAUCAUCCUUUCUUUUCUCCUGAUGUAAAGGUGUAUAGUAUAAAUGAAUAUCCCCUUGUACAUCAUGCACGUAAGUUUGACCUGAAUUCUGCCGUUGCAAUUAGGCUAAGGAGCACAUUCACUGGUGAUGAUGAUUAUAUAUUAGAGUUCUUUCUCCCUGUCAACUGCAAAAGGAGUUCAGAGCAACAACUUUUGUUAAACAAUCUAUCCAGUACAAUGCAGAGACUAUGUAGAAGUUUGAGAACUGUUUCCGAUGCAGAAUUAGUUAGGUCAGAAGAUUCUAAACUAGGGCAUGAAAAGGGAGCACAGGAAAAUUCAAUGCCAACAGUUAUGUCAUUAAAAGGCUCUCAACCAGCAUUAUUAGAUGGUGACUUAGAUUCAAAUGAAAUGGUGGCCUCUCAUGUGUUUAAUCCCAGAACUGAUGGACAGAAUGCAGAUGCUUCUAAUAAUCAGGCAUCAAAUGACCCAAGGAAACAAGUGGAGAAAAAGCGAAAUACAGCAGAAAAGAAUAUUAGCUUAAGUGUUCUUCAGCAAUACUUUUCUGGGAGCCUCAAGGAUGCUGCCAAAAGCAUUGGUGUUUGCCCUACUACCUUGAAAAGGAUUUGCAGGCAACAUGGAAUCUCUAGAUGGCCAUCUAGGAAGAUAAACAAAGUGAACCGUUCAUUAAGGAAAAUACAGACUGUGAUUGACUCAGUGCAAGGGGUACAAGGUGGAUUGAAGUUUGAUCCUAUUACUGGGGAAUUUGUGGCAGCAGCUCCAAUCGUCCAAGAUUUGGAGGCAAGAACCAACAUGUUCUCUGCAAACAAAAAUCUGGCUGCCAGAAACCCAGAUCCAGCUUCCCAAGGUGUAGCAUCGGCAAUCCCCAUACUUCACACGGAGGGUGAGGGUACCACAGUGAAGUUGGAAGAAGAUGAUUGUUCUGGAACUACACAAGGGGUCCCUGUAGGGAACAUGCUUCUGCCUAAUACAUUUGAAGGAGAAAGAGAGAAAUCUAACAACCCUUCAGUUGGUUUUAGUCAUGAUUCUAAAUUUGCUACAUUAGACUCUGGAUUAUUGCAGCCAGUGAGAUGUAACAGAUGGGACCCACACAAGGGCGGUUUGAGUUUAGAGAGUUCUGAUUGCCAUAUCACAUCACGAAGCUCUAGCUCUAUGGCAGUAAAUGAUGAUAUGGAUACUGGGAUUGAUGGUGAUGCCCAGCCAAGUUCUUCAGGGAUGACUGAUUCAUCGAAUGGUUCAGGCUCAAUGAUGAAUGGUAGUGCAUCAAGCUCCCCAAGGUUCCUUGAACAAAAAAGUUCAAGAGUCAAAGCAUGCAACAAAGACAGUGGAUUAAUAAUAACAAUUAAAGCCACUUACAAAGAUGACACAGUGAGAUUCAAGUUUGGACCUGGCAUGGGUUGUUUCCAAUUGAUGGACGAAAUUGCCAAGAGGUUCAAAUUGCAGCCUGGGACAUUCCAACUCAAGUACCUUGAUGACGAGGCUGAGUGGGUUUUAUUGAUGAGUGACUCUGAUUUGCAGGAAUGCCUUGAGAUUUUGGAGUCUAUUGGGUCUCGUAGUGUUAAACUCAUGGUUCGUGAUCUGCCUUUGGCGACAGGCAGUUCUGAUAGUAGCAAUUGCUUAUUCAUAGGAAGCUUAUGAUGGCAUGGAAAUGGGUUAAAAUUAGCUACAUGAAAAAUGUGGCUUGUAAUUGAAGGGAAUUUUUGGUCGGUCCUCUUUAGAUGCCAGGAGAGAGACUUGGAGGUAGUGGGAAUGAUGGUGGUGAUGGCCCUGAUGGGCUCCAUUCAUGUUAAUACUUGGUAAAUACAAAUAUACAUAUUAUAAGUGGCUAUAAGAGUUUGCUUUCCAAGAAUUUCGAGUAGCUUUGCAGUGUAGAAGUUCCAAUGUACAGUUGCUGAAAGCAUGGAGCAGUUGAAGUUCUUAGAUCCACAGGUUGUAAAUGUUCUGAUGUAAUCCAAUUUGGUUUUUCACGAAUGUAGUACCCCUCCAUGCAUUCUUGGUGCUCCUGUUUGUAUAUAUAGUUAAAGAAUACACCUAUUAAAUUGUAUGUACAUCAAUUUUGAAUGAGCCAAUACGUUUUUUUUUUUCA